AUGUUUGAUCCCGGCGCGGCGCCCGCAGGGAUGAGCGAUGGAGGGGCCGAGCCUGGCAGGAGCCCCGUGCUGCUGGCCGAGCCCCUGCCCACCGGGCGAGCCCGGGAGAAGGCAGCGAGCCGGGAGGAGCUGGAGAGCGUUCGGCGAGGCGGAGGAAGCAGUGGGUUCAAGGACAUCCCGGGAACAUCGGCUGUCAGCCCCGGUUCCUCCAAGGAGUGCGCCCCAGACAGUGAGAGCCCGGCGGGAACCGGCGAAGCGGACUAUUGCCGCCGCAUCCUGGUGCGAGAUGCCAAAGGGACCAUCCGGGAGAUUGUGCUCCCCAAAGGUCUGGACCUGGACCGACCCAAACGGACGCGGACAUCCUUCACGGCGGAGCAGCUCUAUCGCCUGGAGCUGGAGUUCCAGCGCUGCCAGUACGUGGUGGGCAGGGAGAGGACGGAGCUAGCGAGGCAACUCAACCUCUCUGAGACCCAGGAGUGGUGCAAAGAGCGUGAUGAGAUAGGAAGAGACGCGUUGGCACCACAGCUGGAGAGCUGCAGCCGAGCGGCCCCGAAAGUAGGGCUGCGGUCUGGGCUGUGCCCCUGA